AUGGAAUAUUCACGGAAACUGAAACAACAUCAACAACAACCGCAGGACAACAAUCAACGUCAGUCAAACACCAACAGCAGAUGUAAUAGUGGUAAUAUUAAUACCAUAAGUAAUCGUCAAAAUCGUCGUUUAGUCUUCAGCUCACCUACGAGUAAAUUACGAUUAUCAUCAGCUGUACAUGCGAUAUUUUUUAAUGACAAUGCUGUUAUAUGCGUUUAA